GUUUAUUACAAUGAAUCUGUCUGGAUAUUCAAUAAAUCACACACUUGGCUGUUUGACGGAUGUUCGGUCUCUAUAGAGCAACAAACUUUCUAUGCAUAUUAUUUUUGCUCCAAACUUACUCACAACGUAUUCAGGUAAUCUAUGAGGGGCAGAAUGUUGCAUUCUAUUGUAAUGCUACCGGUGGCUCCAAAAAUGAUUACAUACACUACCAAUGGGAGGUUAAUAAUCGUGAUCUAAUAGCCACUGAUGCCUACUUUCAUAUAAGAGGCAUUCAGAAAAGUGAUGAGGGUGAGUAUAAAUGCAUUGCUACUCAAUAUGUAAAUGGGACUCCUAUCGUCGCAACUGAGUCCACAUUUAUCAGUGUUCGCAAAGCUGAUUCCAUCAUAACUCAAGAUGUCGAAGAAGGAAUUUUGGUUCGAAUUUUAUGCAAUGUAAGUAGUGAUGAGAAACCUGAUGGUGCUGGUCCAUUUCGAUACGAAUGGCGUAAUCCAAAUGGUACAUUAGUUGGAACUCAAUGGAAAUUAGAAUUGGGCCACAUCAAAGUACAUGAAUCAGGCAUAUAUGUCUGCCGUGUUUCAUACGAAUUUGACAAAAGACAAAUGUCCACCAGUUCAGCAACAAAAAUAAAUGUUAUUCCACGUGCCGGUGUAAUAUUUCCAGGAAUUCGUGGAAACGUAUUAGAAGUUUUAGAAACAGGUGAUAUUUUGCAAGAAUGUCAAGUGGUCAGUGCAAAGCCAUCUCAGUAUAACUUUCAAUGGUUUGGUCCAGAUGGUCGUUUAAUAUCUAAUUCCGCAUUUCUUCAAAGAGACUAUAUAACAAGACAACGAGAUGAAGGUAUUUACCGAUGUGUGGCUAGUCCAGUUGAAGAAGGGAGAUUACAAGUCGAGAAUAGCCUAAUUGUAACAACAGCACCACUACGUUUCCAGAUUACAACCAUAGAGGAGGACUUAAAUAUUGGAGGUUUUACACAUCGCCGUAUAGUACCAGUUGAUUCAUCUAAACCAAAUCUUACUACUCGUGAAACUUUUAUAUACCAGUGGCUAGACACAGAAAUGAAUCCAAUUCUUGAUUUGAUGGGGCCAGAUUUACGUAUCAAAUUUCAAAGUCCUUCAGAUUUUGGACGGUAUUCAGUUCGUAUUACUGGAUUGAAUUCUGGCUAUCAGAGAGAUCUGAGUACUUAUAUUACUAUGGAUGGUCGAAAUGGUGAAGUAGAACCAACUUAUUCUGUUGUAAUUCGAGAAAUUUCUGGUCCCCUUUAUUUAAAUGCACGAUUAGAAUUGGAGUGUUCUCCAAGACCACCAAAUUCAGCUGCUAGAAUUAAUUGGCUUGGUCCAGAUGGAAUGGUGGUUUCCGAUUCUAGUAAUAUAGUAUUUGAACGUUUCCAACCUCAUCAUCAAGGUAGAUACACAUGCCAAAUCUUACUACCGAAUCAAAUUAUUUUACGUCAAAGUGUAGAAUUGGUUGUUUCCGGGACAUCAACAGAAAUUCCAGAACCUGACAGACUCUAUACAAUUCGAAUUACUCAGUCACCUACAUAUUUCAGAUAUAAUGAUGCUGUACACCUACAAUGCAUUGUUUCUCCUACACCCCCAUUAGUAUCAUAUGAGUGGUUUAAAGAUGGCGUGCUUAUUGGACGACAAGCAGAUAUCCAUAUACAGAGAUUUACCCCAGAUGAUGUUGGUCGGUAUCAGUGUGUUGCCCGACUUGACAGUAUGGUACUUACCUUUAACAGUACGAUAUCUAUUGACGAUGGUACAGGAGUGGAUUUAAUAAUGCGACCUAAUAUCAUAUAUAUCCCAGCAUUUCAUCCAUUUGAAAUUGAAUGUUUAUCUAUACGUACCGGUUUAUCACCUAUUGCCAUAUUUGGUAAUGGUGCACCUAUUGAAUCAGAUAAUCGAUUUACAAUUAUAAAACCAAAUGAACAACGAUUAAUUAUAAAAGCUACAGAUGGUUUAUCAAGUGUUUAUAAUGGUUUACGUAUUCGUUGUAUGUUACCAGGACUCAAUUAUAAAGAAGUUACAUUAUACAUAAUGGAUAUUUGUACUGCUAGUCAAUCACAAUGUAGAACUCGACAAUGUAUUCAAACUUCUUCAAUAUGUGAUGGUAAAGCUGACUGUCUUGAUAAGUCAGAUGAGGGUAGCAGUUUUUGCAAUGCUGGACUUACUGUGAUUCCAACUCGUAUUGUAGUUAAACCAUCAGAACCUUUUUCACUUAAAUGUCAAACUAUUUUACCAGGGACCAGAAUGCCACAUGCACGUUUUGUACAUAGUGGUCAAGAUGUAGAGUCCGAUCCUCGAUUUAUCAUUGAGAGAUCUCCAGGUAUUCUGCUUAUUAAGGCACCAUAUGGACUUUCAGUAGAAGCCAAUGAUACAAGAAUUGAAUGUUACUUUCCCGAUGAAAGCCCUAGAACUGCAAUAAUCAAUGUAGUUACUGAUCGAUGUGGAUUAGGAUACUUCAUGUGUUAUGACGGAAAUUGUAUACAACAAUCUCAGAGAUGUGACGGGCAAACUCAAUGUCCCGAUGGAUCUGAUGAAAUUAAUUGUGCUCCUCGUUGUCGUCCUGGUCAAUAUCAGUGUUCUUCUGGUGAAUGCAUUGAACAACAAAUGAGGUGUGAUGGUCGACAAGAUUGUCGGGACGCUUCAGAUGAGACUGGUUGCCCUCCUCGUUGUCGUCCUGGUCAAUAUCAGUGUUCUUCUGGUGAAUGCAUUGAACAACAAAUGAGGUGUGAUGGUCGACAAGAUUGUCGGGACGCUUCAGAUGAGACUGGUUGCCCUCCUCGUUGUCGUCCUGGUCAAUAUCAGUGUUCUUCUGGUGAAUGCAUUGAACAACAAAUGAGGUGUGAUGGUCGACAAGAUUGUCGGGACGCUUCAGAUGAGACUGGUUGCCCUCCUCGUUGUCGUCCUGGUCAAUAUCAGUGUUCUUCUGGUGAAUGCAUUGAACAACAAAUGAGGUGUGAUGGUCGACAAGAUUGUCGGGACGCUUCAGAUGAGACUGGUUGCCCUCCUCGUUGUCGUCCUGGUCAAUAUCAGUGUUCUUCUGGUGAAUGCAUUGAACAACAAAUGAGGUGUGAUGGUCGACAAGAUUGUCGGGACGCUUCAGAUGAGACUGGUUGCCCUCCUCGUUGUCGUCCUGGUCAAUAUCAGUGUUCUUCUGGUGAAUGCAUUGAACAACAAAUGAGGUGUGAUGGUCGACAAGAUUGUCGGGACGCUUCAGAUGAGACUGGUUGCCCUCCUCGUUGUCGUCCUGGUCAAUAUCAGUGUUCUUCUGGUGAAUGCAUUGAACAACAAAUGAGGUGUGAUGGUCGACAAGAUUGUCGGGACGCUUCAGAUGAGACUGGUUGCCCUCCUCGUUGUCGUCCUGGUCAAUAUCAGUGUUCUUCUGGUGAAUGCAUUGAACAACAAAUGAGGUGUGAUGGUCGACAAGAUUGUCGGGACGCUUCAGAUGAGACUGGUUGCCCUCCUCGUUGUCGUCCUGGUCAAUAUCAGUGUUCUUCUGGUGAAUGCAUUGAACAACAAAUGAGGUGUGAUGGUCGACAAGAUUGUCGGGACGCUUCAGAUGAGACUGGUUGCCCUCCUCGUUGUCGUCCUGGUCAAUAUCAGUGUUCUUCUGGUGAAUGCAUUGAACAACAAAUGAGGUGUGAUGGUCGACAAGAUUGUCGGGACGCUUCAGAUGAGACUGGUUGCCCUCCUCGUUGUCGUCCUGGUCAAUAUCAGUGUUCUUCUGGUGAAUGCAUUGAACAACAAAUGAGGUGUGAUGGUCGACAAGAUUGUCGGGACGCUUCAGAUGAGACUGGUUGCCCUCCUCGUUGUCGUCCUGGUCAAUAUCAGUGUUCUUCUGGUGAAUGCAUUGAACAACAAAUGAGGUGUGAUGGUCGACAAGAUUGUCGGGACGCUUCAGAUGAGACUGGUUGCCCUCCUCGUUGUCGUCCUGGUCAAUAUCAGUGUUCUUCUGGUGAAUGCAUUGAACAACAAAUGAGGUGUGAUGGUCGACAAGAUUGUCGGGACGCUUCAGAUGAGACUGGUUGCCCUCCUCGUUGUCGUCCUGGUCAAUAUCAGUGUUCUUCUGGUGAAUGCAUUGAACAACAAAUGAGGUGUGAUGGUCGACAAGAUUGUCGGGACGCUUCAGAUGAGACUGGUUGCCCUCCUCGUUGUCGUCCUGGUCAAUAUCAGUGUUCUUCUGGUGAAUGCAUUGAACAACAAAUGAGGUGUGAUGGUCGACAAGAUUGUCGGGACGCUUCAGAUGAGACUGGUUGCCCUCCUCGUUGUCGUCCUGGUCAAUAUCAGUGUUCUUCUGGUGAAUGCAUUGAACAACAAAUGAGGUGUGAUGGUCGACAAGAUUGUCGGGACGCUUCAGAUGAGACUGGUUGCCCUCCUCGUUGUCGUCCUGGUCAAUAUCAGUGUUCUUCUGGUGAAUGCAUUGAACAACAAAUGAGGUGUGAUGGUCGACAAGAUUGUCGGGACGCUUCAGAUGAGACUGGUUGCCCUCCUCGUUGUCGUCCUGGUCAAUAUCAGUGUUCUUCUGGUGAAUGCAUUGAACAACAAAUGAGGUGUGAUGGUCGACAAGAUUGUCGGGACGCUUCAGAUGAGACUGGUUGCCCUCCUCGUUGUCGUCCUGGUCAAUAUCAGUGUUCUUCUGGUGAAUGCAUUGAACAACAAAUGAGGUGUGAUGGUCGACAAGAUUGUCGGGACGCUUCAGAUGAGACUGGUUGCCGAGAACGAGUAAAUAUUCGUGUAGUGCCAGAUAUCAUUCAUACACAGCCGUACGAAAAAUGGAAGUUUGAAUGCUCUGUGAUAGGUGCAGAUAUAGAACCAAUCGUCAAAUUCCAAGAUGGUAGACUUGUCGAAUCAGAUCCUAACUUUCGAGUUACUCGCAUUGAUCCCAACACUGUCAGCGUUGAAGCGAUUCAUGGCUUAACGGAAAAAAAGGAGCGUCUUAGCUUCAUAUGUACAUUCCCUGGUGGACCAGAAGAGGAGAUAGAUGUUUAUGUUCGACGACGAUGUCCUCAUGGUGAAUUCCUGUGUAAAGAUGGAACAUGUCGUCCAGAAAGUGAUUUUUGUAACGGUCGAGUUGACUGUCCUGAUGGUUCAGAUGAACGACCUCCAUAUUGUAGGGAAAUUGUACAAGUGGAAGUUAAACCAAGCAUUAUUCAUGUUCAACCGUAUAAACGUUUUGAAUUUGAAUGUAUUUCUUAUGUUCCUGGGAUAAAACCAGAAGCUCGAUUACCUAGUGGUAUACUUGUAAGUCAAGAUCCACGUUUUAAUGUAAUAUACCUUUCACCAAAUCAUCUUCAAGUAAAUGCAAUAUAUGGUUUAACAGAUAGAGAUCAUCCAUUCCAGAUUUAUUGUAUAUUUCCUGGAUUAGAAAAUAGAACUGCUGUAAUAGAAAUUGAAAGACCUUGUCCAAGUGGACAGUUUCAAUGUAUGGAUGGACGAUGUUUACCAUCUAAUGUAUUUUGUGAUGGUAAAUCGGAUUGUUCAGAUAGUUCAGAUGAAAAUGAACGAUACUGUGCUGUAAACAUCAGAGUGACACCAGGUUCGAUUCGUGUAGUCCCAUAUCAACGUUUUCAAUUCGAAUGUUCAACGUCAAUCCCAGGCGUAUCUCCUCAAGUAACGUUUGACGAGCGUUCAGUAGAAAGAGAUAAUCGUUUUGUUGUUACUCGUCCAAGUCUUCAAACUAUAGUAGUAACAGCGCCAACUGGUUUAUCAGAAAUUGGUGCACACAGAUUUAAAUGUAUUGUAUCAGUAAAUAUUGUUAAAGAAGUUGAUGUAGAAAUCAUAAGUGAAUGUCCACCUGGGCAAUUAAAAUGUAGAUCUGGUGAAUGCUUGCCAAGAGCAGUAUUUUGUGAUGGGAAGUAUGAUUGCCCAGAUAGAUCAGAUGAAGAUCCAAGAUCAUGUGUUCCUACAAUUAUUAUUACUCCAACAACAAUUUUAACAAGACCACAUGAAUCUUUCCAAUUUGAAUGUAAAUCAGUUAUGCCAGGUGGUGAACCAAAAAUUACACUUGAAGGUUAUCCAGUUGAAAAUGAUCCCAGAUUUACAAUUGUUCGUCCAAGCCGUGAACAUAUUAUUGUUCGAGCAGAAAGUGGUAUUGCUGAUCCUGGAAAAUAUUCUUUCACUUGUACCGUAGUAAGUGCAGCUAGUAAGACAAUCGUGGUACAAGUUGAAUCAGUAUGUCCACCUGGUUAUUCUAAGUGUAAAGAUGGAAUGUGUAUCCUGGACAACCAGUUUUGUGAUGGGAUAAUUCAUUGUCGAGAUGGCUCAGAUGAAGACAAGUUACGGUGCCCUGAAGUGGCUGUUGAUGUACGAGUUCACUUUACUCCUGGUGAAUUACGAAUUCAACCUGGUCGAGCAUUCCGUUUGGAAUGUGUGACGGAUAAACCGGGCACAUCUCCAGUUUUACAGUUUCUUGAUGGGAGACCAAUAACAAGUGACCCAAGAUUUGUGGUUUCUAGGCCAUCAACUGAACGUGCCAUCAUAGACGUUCCUGGAGGCCUUGAUGCUAGAGACAGACAGAUCAUAAUCGAAUGUGUAUCUCCCAGUGGUGAAAGAAAAACAUCAACCAUCUUCAUCGAACUAGGUUGUCAACCAGGACAAAGACGAUGUCCCAGUGGGCAGUGUAUAUUUGUUGGUCAAUUCUGUGAUGGGAAACCUGAUUGCGAUGAUGGAUUUGAUGAGAAACCUGAAAACUGUGAGUAUUGUGAUCCAAUAACAAAACCAUGCGAAGUUGUGAAUGGUAAACCACCUAAAGAAAAAACUUAUGAACUACAUUGGAGGUGUGAUGGCGAAGAUGAUUGUGGAAAUCGGUUUGAUGAACAAAAUUGUCUAAAUGACACUCGUGUACCAGAUAAAGAGUGUGGUGCUACUCAUUUCAGAUGUGGUACUGAACCAUAUCAGUAUAUACCGUUUGCAUACUGGUGCGAUGGAGGUCGUGAUUGUCGAGGUGGUGAAGAUGAAGCUGAAUGUUCCCCACCUACCAUAAUUCAAACUCAACGUCAAGAAACUCAUAGAGUUCGUCCUGGUGGUAGACUGAUUUUAGAAUGUGAAGCAUCCGGUGUUCCACCACCUAUGAUUAUUUGGCGUUUCAACUGGAGAUGCCUUCGUGAUGAAACACGAAUGAGGACCCAAGCUGUGCCAAGUUCGCUUGGAUGUAAGGGUUCAAAGAGUCGUCUAACAAUCGAAAACUUCAGGGAAGGUGACGAUGGGAUUUAUAAUUGUGAAGCACUGUCAUCGAAAGAAAGAGCUAUGUCCCAGGAUAUAUUUGUUUUUCUAUCUCCUUAGUUAUGUUUUCAUUUUCACGUGAUAUUAUGGAAUAUCAAGUUGAAUGAAUAGUUAUAUUAUCAUUUUAUCAUAUAUUUUUAAAAUUAAUUUAAUUCUUUGUGUCAAAAUAGCAAUGUUCUGAAUUUCAAAAUAGUAUAUCUUUCAAUCAUCUUACAAACAAUGUAUUAAUUUUGCCGUUUGAAAUUCUAAUUCCCAAGUUAUACAUUAUUCUGUUAUAUGAAAUUUAAAAUAUAAUGCUUAUUUGAAGAGAUACUAACUUAGU